UACUCCUUGCACUGGACAAAAGUCAUAACUGCAGUUUACUUGAAUUUCUACUGUUCCUGAUAGAAACAUCCGCCCAACGAUCGCAUUUCAAUGGUGAAAUAACAUUUUUUUAUAUUAUCUUCAAAUAAUAAAUUUGUUUUUUCUAUUAGUCGAUAAAGAAAAGUAUCGGAAUACAUUUUUCAUCAAGAGGCAACAAUUUGCGAAAAAGUCCUCCAACGCUUUCACUUACGACUACUUAUUAUCGGACUAGAGUAAUUAUUAACUGGAUUGACAAGAAAAAAAGAGUCAAAUGUCAAUUCCUUAUUUCACUGAGCUGAUCUUUAUUACAUCGAGGAAAUUUCCCACAGGAAACAUUUGUUGAUUGCUCUCUGAAGUGUUCAUUAUUGAAAUUAUGGAGUAAAUAGAGAUGAGUUGUUUGUGAUUUCGCAACUCAAUUACUGGUUUAUAUUUUCUCGGCAAAGAGUUUUUUUUUUGUCAUUCUGAUAUAAUCGAGAUGAGUUCGAUUGCAAAUGGUAUUAGUGAUUAUCAACUGACUGAUAAACAAAAACAAUACGCCGCGAAUGUUUUGAAUGAACGGGAGGAUGCACCUUCGAAAAUUCAAAAGGUGAGGGAGUGGAUUGAAUCACACGAGAGUCUUCGCGCUCCAACAGAUGAUUUCACAAUUCAGAGAUUCCUGAGAGUUUGCAAGUUUGACGUUGAAAGGGCCAAAAAGAAAAUGUACAAUUAUCAUGCACAACGAACCGCGUCAGCCGAUUGGUUCGCCAAUAGAGAUCCACUGUUGCCGGAAAUGCAGAAUUUAUUUGAACUGGGGCCUUUCUUACCUUUGAAAGAUGUUGACGAUGAUGGAAGAAUUGUUGUUAUUCUCCGUGUGUGCAUUCACAAUCCUGCACAGCACUCUAUAGCAAAUGUUAUUAAGGCAGGUUUGAUGAUCCUCGACUUGGCCUUAAAAGAUCACGUUUCUGCAUCAGUCUAUGGUAUAUCAGCGAUCUUCGAUAUGACUGGAGUGUCGCUAGAUCAUGCUCUGCAGAUGACUCCAAGUGUUAUCAAACGUUUGACUCAUGCCUGGCAGGGCUGCUAUCCCCUUCGGAUUCAGUCACUAAAUUUCGUCAAUGCUCCAGUAUACGUUAAUUUAGUGAUCAAUAUUUUCAAAUCUUUCAUGGAUGAAAAAUUGAAGUCCAGAACUCUUGUGCACAAAGGAUCAUCCAAAGAGUUUUUCGAGACUAAAGUUCCGCAAAGAUUGCUGCCCGAGGAAUACGGCGGCAGCGCUGGGCCUCUCCAGAAUUUAAUAAAUUACUGGAAGUCCGCAGUUGAAGAAAACAGUCCCUGGCUGAAAUCUGGAGAGCAAUAUCGUCUCGCAACUCCGUGAAGAAUUCACUUGCUUAUUAUCUCUACACUCAAUAUAUUUAAAAUGGGAUUUUAUACAAGAAUCAGAACGGUGCUUUUUCAAAUAUAAUAUAUAUUAACACUUCCAAUUGAA